AUGUCUUUUCCACUGCUUGGUCGCAGCGUCCGUAGUGCGAGUCAGCCUAUUCUCCGCGCAACCAGAUCCGCCAAUCGCUCAGUGCGAUGGAGUACCUCGAUAUCACAGCGACCGGGAUCGGACAGUGUUCGAUUCCCGGGGGCAAUAGAUAGCAAGUUCACGACGAACAUGUCAUUCAUAAAUCCCUCUGAGCACGCUGCCAUCCCCACGUAUCGAGUAAUGGACUCUGAUGGGGUGAUCGUAGACAAGAGUCGAGGGCCACCAGAUGUUGCGAGUGAAGAAGUUAUUACCUGGUAUAAGAAUAUGUUGACUGUGAGCAUUAUGGACUUAAUCAUGUUCGAUGCACAAAGACAGGGUCGAUUGAGUUUCUAUAUGGUCUCCGCGGGAGAGGAAGGUAUAGCCGUUGGCUCUGCUGCCGCUUUAACUCCUGAGGACAUAGUUUUCGCUCAAUAUAGAGAGACUGGGGUUUUCCAACAACGUGGAUUUACGCUCAAAGACUUCAUGAGCCAACUAUUUGCAAACCGCAAUGACCCUGGGAAGGGACGAAACAUGCCUGUUCACUAUGGAGGUUCUAAAGUUAACACUCACACCAUAUCUUCCCCACUAGCAACGCAAAUUCCACAUGCAGCUGGUGCUGCAUACGCUCUGAAGCUCCAGUCAUUACAGAACCCCAACAUCCCACAAAGGAUCGUUACCUGCUACUUUGGCGAGGGCGCCGCAAGUGAAGGCGAUUUCCAUGCAGCCCUCAACAUCGCCGCUACACGCUCAUGCCCCGUGGUCUUCAUCUGUCGCAACAACGGCUAUGCCAUCUCCACACCCACCCUGGAACAAUACCGGGGCGACGGAAUCGCCAGUAGGGGAAUCGGAUACGGCAUCGAUACCAUCCGCGUCGACGGCAACGACAUUUUCGCCGUACACGAAGUGACCAGAGAAGCCCGUCGGAUGGCUCUGGAAAAUGGAGGACGGCCCGUCCUUAUCGAAGCUAUGAGCUAUCGCGUCUCCCAUCACAGCACGAGUGAUGACAGCUUUGCCUACCGUGCACGGGUCGAAGUUGAAGACUGGAAACGGCGUGAUAACCCAAUCACGCGGCUGCGGAAAUGGAUGGAGGGCGAGGGGAUCUGGAAUGAUGACCUCGAGCGUGAUACGCGGGAUGAGCUGCGGAAGGCUGUCCUGCAGGAGUUUUCGGCCGCUGAAAAGGAGAAGAAGCCGCCGCUCCGGGAGAUGUUUAACGACGUUUUUGAAAAGUUGCCGGAGUCCACAGUGAAGCAGAAGGAGGAAUUGAAACGUAUUCUCGAGAAGUAUCCGGCCGAAUACGACAUUCGUGAGUUUGAAGAUGGGAUUAAGGGGCUGUGA